UUUCUCCUCUUCUGAGCCGGGACCGAGAUGAUAGUAGCCACGCAUAAGUGCGGAUGUCCACCGCCGUCGGACGAGUCUUGCCUGCCUUGCUGCGCUUCCGCGAAGUCUCGUGAAAAGCCUCGGGAUCGGGAUUGCCCCACGAUUCCUUAUAGCGUCCCGAGACCAGUCACUCCUCAGCCAGAGAUCGAACAAGCCCCUUCAGCGUGCUGUCCCGUGGAUCCGUGCGAGUCCUACGAAGAAGAAAAAAAGGAUGUUCGUUCAGAGAUCGCGGAGAGCGGUUUACCGUUCAAAGAACUGGAAGCCGUGAUCAACGAGAACAGACUGGUGAUCAGAACACAAGACGAACCGGUGAGACCGGAAUUCGAUCCGCCAUGCGAUUGCGUCGAGGACACGUUGCCGAAACGGAAGACAGAGGAGAUAGGAAUCACUCCCGCCGCUGGCAAAAGAACCAUCACGUUGUACCCACAAGUGAAGAACUCUGACCCGGACGUACGCGAGCGGCGCCCUCGCGCCCACGAGCAGGCCUACGACGCUCGCCCUCGGACGAUCGACCAGGAGGAGAACCCGAAUAUAUUUCUGUUGAGGGUGAAGAAGCGGAAGACCGAAGGUGACAAGAAGUUCAGCGUCGAUCUCGAGUUCAGAACCGCUCGUCCGUGGUCGCCCGCAAUGAGAUCGGUGUACGAGAAGCUGGCGAGGACCGUCGAGCCGGCCAAGGUGCCCACGGUGCAGGAACAGGUAAAGAAGAAGAAGAAGAAGAAGAAAAGUUCCUCGAAGCAGAAGAAAAAGAAGUGAACGACACGUCACACUUGUCACACUCGCCACACUUGCAAUUAAUCAUUCGAAAAUGAAACACUGUAACUACCCCGUUGACAGAAUUAUAAUAAACUCUCCAUUAAGGUGCUAUCUCCAACACAUAAAUACUGUCUAACGUGUUUCCUUGUAUUUAGAACUUGAAAUAUGCAAACUGUUAAGACAGUGACGAACGUGAUGGUGGAAACUGAAAAUUUUCUUGAAUUAAACUAAAACGAGUUUAAAGUCUUAUCAAAUCGCAAUGCGUCACUUUACGUCGCUGCGCUAUUUUUCACCGUCGAGUACUCGGUACAUCAGACGUAAAACGGGAUGAACGUUGAUCGAUAAGAUCCGAUCGAUACAGCACCCGGGUACCGUACCCUCGGUCCUUGAUUUAGAAUCCUCGAGAAGUGUUUUUUUUUGUCAUUUAAAGUAAACGACAACGGUGAUAACGAGCGUGCGAUUAAAAUGGAAAUAGGAGACGGUUCACUAUUAGGACGGGA